AGAGUUUUGGCUUCUAAACUUGGAUAACCCUACUACAAACAAGGUUUGCCUAUCACUUUCUCCUAAAAAAUUCCCUUUUAAUGUCUUCAUCAUUCUACGUGUGUGAUAGGUCAGCUUGCCAAUGAGUCCAAGUCAAUCUACUUGGUAUAAAAAAGCAGAGGAAUCAACCAAUACCAACUGUGAAACCCAACAUGGAACAGAAGUGGAGCAACACAAGCUCAAGAAUGGAAUUAAAAGAUUUUUUCACUUCCAAUCUCAAUGACUGUGAAAAUGCAACUCAAAGGAACCAUAGUUGGCAGGGUGCACUGAUUAAUGUCAAUGAAGGUUACUUGGGGAACAAUUUGGUAACCAAUUGCAAAGUAUCCAUGUCGAAUGAGGAAUCUAAGAUACGCGCAGAACUAGAGACUGAUGUAGAAAAAGACUUGGAAGAUGAGAUUAAAGAUGGUAUAUGCCAUCUUGCUCGUCGACUGCACAGGCUUUAUCAACACCAGACUGACAAGAAUGAGAGAGAAUCAUCAAAAAGUGAUAGCAAAACUGGAUCUACAUUUGACAAUAAAACAUUUUCGGAAGUGAAGAUAACAAUUAGGAUGGAAGCAAGAGGAUCUCAAAUAGAAAUACAUGAGAUCAAGAAAGCAGCUCGUGAAAAUCCUCCUCAGCCUCGGAAUUCCAGAUCAGAAGGUAAGCAAGGAAAGGUAUUCCCUGGUACCAAGAAAUUCAACUGGGUAGAUACUCUCCGAUCGGGAAAUAGUCCUGCUGCUAUUAUCAACAAGAAACAUGAGCUGCCAUGGUACUAAACAUCAUGUGAAGGAAGGGAGAAAU